AUGGCAUCAAUCAAGUCGAAUGAAAAGGUCAUUGAAGGGGACGAUGUCGAGUCCCAGAUGCCAGAAGAUGGCUUUGUGGAGAAUUUUAUCGCCCCGAAUUCUCUCAGGGCCAUUCUUAGAAGGCUUGCCAUGGCCGGUGUGGAGAUGAGAGGUCUUGAUCCGAUCCCGGUGGAGAAGCGCAAUCAUACUAAGUAUUACAACAUUUUUACGUUGUUUGGUGGUUCUUUUCUUUCUCUUCUCCCUAUGAGCAUCGGUAUCACCCCGACUUUGGCUUUCGGUCUAUCAUUCAAAGAUGCCGCUGCUAUGAUUGUGACUAUGCAAUUCGUCUUUGUUCUGCCGACUCUCUAUAUCUUGACGUUGGCGCCUCAGCUGGGCAUGAGACAGUCAGUCCAGUUUCGUUACGCAUUCGGAAAAUAUCCCAAUAUUUUGAUUAGUCUCAUUGUCAUCCUCGAGGUUCUAAUAUUUGGAAUCUUGGCUACGGUCGCUGGAGCCGAAUGUCUCGCAGCGGUCAGACCUGGUACUUUGCCAAUCGAGGGCGCAAUUGGCAUCAUCCUUGCCGUUGCUUUCUGCAUAGGCUUUAUUGGAUACAAGGCUCUUCAUUUCAUCUGCCAGUAUAUCUGGAUUCCUAACGGUAUCUCGAUAUUAAUACUGGUCGGCUGUGCAGGUAGUCAACUAUCAACCCAUACACCCGCUACUUCCUUUGGGGCUACACCGUAUCUGUCGACCAUCUCAAUCUGUGCAGCCAACAUGGCAACAUGGGGCACAAUCGUUGGGGACUAUGCGUGCUAUAUGCCUUCUCAGGCUCCACGGCUUCGCCUCGCUCUAUACUGCUUGGCGGGACUGUACGUGCCAUUUUCGCUUAUGAUGGUCCUAGGGGCAGCACUUGGCAGUGCUAUUCCUUCCAUUCCUUCGUGGACUUCAGCGUAUACUUCGGGCGGCCUAGGAGGUGUACUGGGAGAAAUCCUAAUCUCCCGUCUCGGUGGAUUCGGUAGGUUCAUUCUCAUUGUUUUGGGCAUGUCUAUUGUCACCACGUCGGCACGUGAUAUGUACAGCAUGUCUCUCUUCACCGUUUCUGUUAUUCCCUGGUUAGGCAGGGUUCCACGAGUGUUUAUUUUGUGUGGAGCAGCUGCUGUUAUGGUUGGUGUUGCAAUUGCAGCGUCGCGGUCUUUCCUUUCCACCCUCAGCGCUUUGGUGAGCAUUGCAGGCUAUAUGACAGGGCCGACAGUCUGUGUUUUCCUGAUCGAGUGGUUAUAUUUCCGUAAGGCAGACCCCUCAAAGUUGGACCCUGCUAUCUGGAAUGACGCUGCUGCGCUGCCUUCGGGCAUUCCAGCGAUCACUUCCAGUCUGGUGCCUUGGGCUCUCAUCGUCACAUCCAUGUCCACCAGCUGGUAUGUGGGGCCAAUUGCAGUGCGAGUUGGGGAUCUAGCAUAUGAACUUGGUACGGUAACUGCGGGUCUGUUAUAUUUUCCACUUCGACUAUUGGAAGUUCGCUGGCUCGGACAUGUUUGA